AUGUUGUGGGAGGACGGCAGCCCUCGAACGGGGUGGAUGGGCGAGCGCAGCACGUCCUACCAAGACGUUCUGGAGGUCGAGACGCGCCUGCCGCUGCCAACCGAGCUGGGAAGGCGCGGGACGGCACCGGCGCUGGUGGAUUGCACCUCGGGGCAGGUGCACGAAAAUGACUUCGCGGAGGUGGUGCUGGUUUGCGAGCCGGAGGGGCCUUCGCUCAUGAUGGGCGGGCUGCACCCGCGCGCGUCGCUGUUCGACAGGCCAGUGAAUCUGGACCACAGCCGGCAACAGCACAAGAAAUUUAGGCAGGUGUUGAGGUCGUAUGGUCUGAGGGUGAUCACGGUAAGGGAGGUGCUGGCGUUCGGCGCGGACGACCACGUGGCCGCGAGGCUGGGGCUGGAGGACUUGGCGAUGAACAGUUUGAGCUACAGGCUGGCGGAGGGCGUGAGCAUUGAGGACGUGCGCGAGAACGAUCGGUUUUACCUCACCGACGACUACAAGCAGACGGUGCUGGAGGGGAUGGGCGUGGCGCAGCUGAUCGACGUGUUGAUGUCCAACCCGACGGUGUAUCUUUCGCCGAGCGACCGAGAUACGGGGCUCAGGUCCGCCUACGAGUUCCACCCUCUGUCCAAUCUGGUCUACACGAGAGAUCAACAAGUCACGACGGCCAAGGGAAUAGUCAUGGGCAGGUUGCGUUCGUCGCAGCGACAGCGCGAGGUGGAUCUGAUGCGCUUCUGCCUCAAAAAAUUGGGUCUCCCAGUGCUUGGAGAAAUACGUGAACCAGGGUUUCUGGAGGGUGGGGACUUUAUUCCUGCUGGACGCGACUUGUGCUUCAUCGGAAUUGGCCUGCGGUCAAACUUUAGGGCAUGCCAACAACUAAUGGACAACGACUGGCUCGGCACUAGGAGGCUGGCUGUUGUCAGUGAUGGCUUUGAGCAGCACCAAGAUCGCAUGCACUUGGACUGUGUGUUCAGUAUUACUGGAGACAAAUGUUGCAUGAUGCUUGAGGAGAUGAUGGGCAUGGACUCUCCAACAAGAAGGCUUGUCAGCGUUUACACUCGAACUUGUGGAAAUGGUGGAACAUGCAAGUAUGAGUUGACGAGGGAGCAUGUGGAGUUCAGCCAAUUCAUGAAGGAGGAGGGCUACAACAUAAUUCCCAUUAAAGCAGAGCACCAACUGCAAUACGCCUGCAAUGUGCUGAAUUUGGGCGGAGGCAGGAUCCUGUCCGUCCAUCCAUUGAGCGCACGACAGCUGGUUCGCUCGCCGCAUUUUCAUGGGACAGUGCAGGUCAUCGAAUUCUCCUCCAUCACGUCAAUGUACGGGGCGGUGCACUGCAGCACCCAGAUACUGCGGCGGCAGGCGAAGCCCAGGCAAGGGUGGCCCAGGACCCGCCCCUCUUCGGCCAGAGUGUCAGACUCAUCCAUCGUGGACCUUCCCAGGUCGGAGAUGCCCAACAGCGAGGACGAAUCAAUGCCCGAGAACGGAGGAAUGCUGGAUCGAUUGCUUUGA